AAUGUGUGUCUAAUGUUGUUGGCUUUUAACAUGGCAAAUCACUUACAACGUGGGCACUGAAGUCAAGUUUUUGUCAGUUUAAACAGUUUUACAGAAUGUCUGAAUUAAUUCAGACUCAGUUUGAGUCCAGUGAAGAUGAACUGCCCGAGGAGGUCGCCUUUGAUGAAUCCAAAAGUGCUGCGUUGAAAAGCGUCAAGGAUGCGCUGGAGUCAGAUAAAAGAGAAAAACUCCUAUUGAAGGAGAAACGAAGGAAAAGACAGCAGCUUUUCCAAGAGCAAAAGAGAAAAAAGUGUCUUCCUGAAGAUGUUCUGGAAGAAUUUGAUACAUUACCUCAAAAACAGUCUAAAGCAUCUGACAACAACAAAGAUGACGAAGAGACAGUUAAUGAGAGUGAGGCCGAGGCCAUCUCCAAAAGUUUACAGGACAGCUACAGUGUGAUGAGGCUGAAGGACAACUCAUCUGCCAGAUCACUGCAGCAACAUGCCUCAGACUUCAUUCAAUCUCGCCUUUAUGGACCAGGAACCCAAAGAACAACUAAUUCUGAGAUUCUAUCCCUUAAUCGAAAAAGAGGUUUAAAUCAAGGUGCAGCUGUGGAGUUUGUAAAUAACAAAUUAGGUGCUGACCUUAAAGAAAAGGCAGAGAAGUCCAACAAAAGAUUUAGACACAAACAGAAACUGGGUCCUUCCUGAGACCUGAAACAGGAGAAAGAGUUAAUGGAUUGUACACGGUU